AUGACGGAAUCACCCCGUUCCCGCCAAGUAAAUAGCCCAAAGAAACCUAACGACAGUAACGGCGAAUUCAAACGUCUCUUAGUUCCAGAAACCUCUCAAACAGACCCAGACGAGCUCCGAGAAUCGCCGGCGAAUCCACCGGAGAAUCAGAUCGUAACCGUAGAAGAAGACGGAGGCAACACCACCUUCGAUUCUAUUCCUCCAUUCUCAUGGGCGAAGCUAUGGAAGUUUACAGGACCUGGGUUUCUAAUGAGCAUCGCGUUCUUAGAUCCAGGAAACAUCGAAGGUGAUUUACAAGCCGGAGCUGUUGCUGGGUACUCGCUUCUAUGGCUUCUUCUAUGGGCUACGUUAAUGGGACUUCUGAUUCAACUUCUCUCUGCUCGGAUUGGUGUCGCGACGGGUCGGCAUCUAGCGGAGAUCUGUCGACACGAGUACCCAUCGUGGGCGAGAAUCCUGCUUUGGUUCAUGGCGGAGGUUGCUUUGAUCGGAGCUGAUAUUCAAGAAGUCAUCGGAAGCGCAAUCGCUCUUCAGAUCUUGACUCGAGGGUUUUUGCCGAUUUGGGUCGGUGUUAUCAUUACGGCGUUUGAUUGUUUCUUGAUUUCAUAUCUAGAGAAGUGUGGAAUGAGGAAAUUAGAAGGUCUUUUCGCGGUUUUGAUUGCGACAAUGGCUCUUUCGUUUGCUUGGAUGUUCAACGAAACUAAGCCAAGCGUAGAAGAGCUAUUCAUAGGUAUUAUUGUUCCGAAACUCGGAUCAAAGACAAUUAGACAAGCUGUUGGAGUGGUGGGAUGCGUAAUAACGCCACACAAUGUGUUCUUGCAUUCGGCUUUAGUGCAGUCGAGGAAGACAAACCCAAAGGAGAUUAACAGAGUUAAGGAAGCUUUGAAAUAUUAUAAUAUUGAAUCAACGGCUGCGCUUUUCGUCUCGUUCAUGAUCAAUCUGUUUGUAACAGCGGUUUUCGCUAAAGGGUUUUAUGGAACCAAACAAGCUGAUAGUAUAGGACUGGUUAACGCGGGACAUUACCUACAGGAGAAAUAUGGAGGUGGGAUUUUCCCGAUACUUUACAUUUGGGGAAUUGGGUUAUUAGCUGCUGGACAAAGCAGUACGAUUACCGGGACUUACGCUGGACAGUUUAUAAUGGAAGGGUUCUUAGAUCUUCAGAUGGAACAAUGGCUAUCAGCUUUUAUAACAAGGAGUUUUGCGAUCGUACCAACUAUGUUUGUCGCUGUUAUGUUUAACUCAUCCGAGGGAUCACUCGAUGUGUUAAACGAAUGGCUUAACAUACUUCAAUCGAUGCAGAUUCCUUUCGCUGUUAUUCCUCUUUUGACUAUGGUUUCUAAAGAACAUAUCAUGGGUGUCUUCAAAAUCGGACCUUCGCUCGAGAAGCUAGCGUGGACUGUGGCGGUUUUUGUGAUGAUGAUAAAUGGAUAUCUUCUUCUUGAUUUCUGUAUGGCUGAAGUGAAAGGUUUUCUUGUCGGGUUUCUUGUUUUUGCGGGAAUAAUCGCGUACAUCAGUUUCAUCAUCUAUCUUGUUUCCUAUAGAAGCUCACAAUCUUCUUCUUGGUCAAGCUUAGAAAUGUCACAGAGAGUUGUUUCCACAGAGACGUAG